UUUUAUUGUAGAACUCAGUCGAGUGCAGGGCAAGAGUGCUGAAGAAAAAGAAAGAUGCCCUUCUAUCUUCGGAAGCAGCAUUUUGACAUCCCUCCGCCCACCGAGAAAGACUGGAUUAAAAAAGACGAAGAAGAAAAUUUCUUCCUCAAUGAUCCUGACCUGAUCCUAGACUCCUUGCCUCAGCCUUUCUGCAUGAUCAAUAAAAUAUUGAAAGACUUGUUUGAAAGAGCCUGGGAUCGAAUAGAAGAAAGGCGGCCGUUACAAGAGACCAAGCAGCAAAGUUUCACACCCUUACUCUGUCACCCUACAAAUAAAUUCAUGGUUUCAGGAAGGGUAAACUGCCUGUCAGCUUCCGAAGGGUACAUCUUUAUCGGGCAUUCCACUGGGAUUUCUGUCUUCAGCUCAACCACCUGUGAGAACUUGUGUACUUGGGAAGCCACCAAACUUGAAAUUUGCACCAUUCAGCUGUCAGUCCUCGGUGGGGUCUCCCAUGUUCUUGGAACAGUGGAUGAGAUGGGUUUUGCACGUCUUUUUUGCUUUGUCAGGGAAAACCUCUUGCAUAUAAGAUCCAUAAAUGAAGUGGAAGAUAUCAGCAAACGGAACAUCUGCGUGGCACUGGAGCUUUCUCAGGAGUGUGACUAUGCAGGAUUCCUGCUACAAGGCAGCUCUGAGACUUGGCUGGAGAUUUAUCGAUUGCCUAAGGAUGCCUGGCUGAAGGAGACCGAACCUCUCCAUGCGAUUGCUCUCCCAGGUUCAGCAUCUGUCAAGGACAUGGGACUCAGCCAGCUGCCAGUGCAAGAGAAAUCUAUGCACAAGAAUGUUGAUCUUCAAGGAGCUGAAGAUGUGGAUUUGCAACAGCUACUAACCAAAAUUGAAUCUAAGCUGCUUCCCCCCGUUCUGCUGUUGAAGGUCAGACCACCCAAACCUCUUUCAGCAAGUGCAUUUAAGAGUCCAUUUGAAGCUUUAAUGAAGAGUGACGAAGGACAUGUGAUCGGCCUGGGCUACAACAACUUGAUCAGAGAGUGCCAGAUGGAAUGCCUGCAAGAGAUUUUUAACAGCAGGUUCCAGCAGUACCUGGAGAUAGAGGAGGAUCUGGAGAGCAAAGAGGAAACACCUAGUUGUGCAAAAUUCCAUUUUCACUUAGCUGGCCGCACCUUUCAAACUGGAACUGAAUUAAAAGCUGAGACAGACCCGCCUGUCGCGUUCAGUGUUCACUGGAGCAAUAGUCACAAUCUUUGCUUCUAUUUCCUGAGUCGUCCACCCAAGGAAAGACAUGAUUCUGAUCCCAAACCAGAUAUUAUUUGGCCAUGCGCUGCUCCGAUUGUAUAUUCAACUGUCAGCUCUUGCUCGUCUUACUUUGCUUUUGCCUGUGAAGACAGGGUCAUUACUUUGUGGGACACAUCAGUUGGGUUUCCAUUCUGUGCCAUGGUGCUUCAAGAAGACUACGCCGCACGAAGCAUCCAAUUCAUGCCACGUUUGCUGCCAUCCAGAGAGAAAACAUCUUGCUGCAGUAAGGAUCCUGCCCACACCAUGGUGCAGCUUUUGGUGCUCUGCACAGAUGGAUCCCUUCACCUGCUCACAUCAGGGACCAAAGAAUUUAAGUCCAAGUUAUUAGGAAUUAGGCCUGAGGUUCCUGAUCAGACAAUCAGCGCUGUGGCCACCAUCCCAACUUUGCCCGAUGCUGUACUAAUUUUCUUCUGGAUUGGCGUCAUUAAUCUGAUGGACACCACGACAGAUGAGAUCAUUUGCCAAUUCACAAUGCCAUCUUCAUACAAAGUUGCAUCACCUUGGCAGCCAGUUUUUUCCAUGGAUACAAAUGGCAGCUGGUUGGCCGCCCAAGGGGAGUCAAAGGCUGGUAAAACAGAAAUGGAGACCAUCUUUAUUUAUGACUUCAACACAUACUCUUUCAUGGAAACGUUUGCUGCAAAAGCUCAGAAUCUACCCGCUGCUUUCCCAGAAUUGACCUGGGACAAACGUUGUGAUCUUUUUUUAAAUAACAAUUUGCAGAGGCUGUCCACCAUUAGCCAACAGAUGCCAGAAUGCUGGACCCUACUGCAGGAACAUGCAGCUACCUUCAAAAGGAAGAUGUUUGGGGAAUCGAACCUAUAUAAGGAGUCCAGCUUUUUUCCCGGGAUUAGCGAAGAAAUAAUACAUGUUGAACCAGUACCUGAAAUACCAUCAACCUAAGCAGCAACUUUGCCAUCUGAUUCCAUUUUUGGACGUUUUUGAAUUAACAUCUGGUUUCUUGCAAAUCAUCACAUCAUUUAAAAGGAAGGAACAAGAUCAGAAACCAGUUGUGGAGGAAUUCAACAGGAGUCUCCAGUUUCCUUUAGAGGUUCAAGGAGUAAUCUCUGUUAUACAGUUCAAAGUGCAGAAGAUAGGGACCAAACACCCAGGAAAUUAAGUUCUAAGGUGCUAAGGAACACACAAGAAAUCUCUACCAAUAUACUUGUUUUUCCUCCUUUUUUCAUCCACUCAGACAGAUCUUAAGCCUGAAGAUAAAGCCUCCAUUUGGUUAUUUUUUUAUGGACCUGAGCAAUAGAUGUCGUUAGUACUCUUUUUACAAAUAAACAUAGCUGUUACUGUCAUAAUAUUGAAACUUUCAGAAAAUGAAAUAAUCUGGUGCGAUCUGAUUCCAAUUCCAAUCUACUUGGACUUCAGUAAGGCAUUUGAUAAAGUAG